GCUGAUAUGCUCACACACGUACAGCCCCCACAGGGCCAACAGGGGGAGGCUGCCACACCGGGCGACGUCGGGCCCCCGGCUGCGAUGGGGCUGGCCGCGGACUCCGUGGAGCCCUACAGCGUGCAGACGGAGCCCGUCGACCUCUCCAUCAAUAAGUCGAGCCGGAGUUCGCCCGCGGCCUCCGCCACCGCCCGGCUCAACCACACCAAGGCCGGCCACACGUUACCGCCGCGGCCGCUGCCGCCGCCACCGCCGUCGUCGUCCGUCUCGUCGGCGUUAUCGCUGCUGACCUCGUCCUGCUCCUCCUCCUCGUCGCCGUCGUCGGUGACGUGCCAGUCGCUGGCGCUGUCGGCGCUGCCUGGCACGGCCGCGGUGCUGGCCACGCCGACGGGAGCCGGCCUGGUGCGGGUGUUCCACGCGCGGCUCGCGGUUGGAGCCCACCCCCUCGCGGUGGCGGUGGGGGGGGCGACGGCUCCACCGCCGCCGCCGCCACCGCCUCCUUCCGUCGGGGGGGGUGCCGGCGGCGGCGGGCCCGGCGCUCGGCGCGUGCCGCUCGUGGUGCAGCCGGUGCCCGUGGUGUACACCGCGGCCGUGCGCAGCCACCCCGGCGUGUCCAUCGCCGUGCCCGUCAUCGAGGAGCACGCCGCACCACGGCAAGAAGAGGGUGCGGGAGCCGAGGCUGGGAUCCGCGCCAUCAAAAGCGAGAGUGGCAGUGAAGACGAGAUGACGUCCCUGGUGGCAGACGAGGCGCGCUCCUCUCUCUCGCAAGACGCCCAGGGCAUCAAGAGGUCGGGGAGCCCCGAGUCGCCCGACUCGAAGAGGAGGAGGAUUCACCGCUGCGAGUUCGACGGCUGCGACAAAGUGUACACCAAGAGCUCGCACCUCAAGGCUCACAUGCGCACGCACACAGGCGAGAAGCCCUACCGCUGCACGUGGGACGGCUGCACGUGGAAGUUCGCGCGCUCGGACGAGCUGACGCGGCACUUCCGCAAGCACACGGGCGUGAAGCCCUUCAAGUGCGUGGACUGCGAGCGCUCCUUCUCGCGCUCCGACCACCUCGCGCUGCACCGCAAACGCCACAUGUUGGUGUGAGGGCCCCGGGGGGGGGAGGGAGGGGGUGCGUGGCCUCCCCCCCCUGUGUGUGGCGAGGCCCUGCGGGUGAGGCCCUGUGGGAGUUUUAUGGGGCCUGCGUGAAGUAGCAAGGGUCAAGGUUGAGACCUGGCUUUGACGCACUCGGUUUCAUCCCAGAGUUUGAGGCCUGGGGUUGAGGCGUGGGAUUUAAGCCCCGAGGUUUGAGGCGUGGGUUUUGAGGCCCUGGCGUGAGGCGUCGGAGGAGUCGUGGUGGCAAAGCAACAGGAGGAGGAGGCGGAGGGUUGGUGGAUGUUGGAUGGACGUUUACACCGGUGCAGGUUGUGCGCGUCUGGUUUGUGUCCGCGCGCACUCACAUGCUUGCACAAGUCCUGCCGCUUUCAACGCACUCACACGUGUACACGAGCUUGCACUCAUAAGCGCCCACCUACACGCGCACCGGCUCACACAUGCAGACGCAUGCACGCAAGCGCACACACAGUGACUUACGCGUGUGCACGUGCGUGCACGACUUCAUGGUGACCAACACACCAAACGCAACAGAUACACUCACACACUCGAUGCUCUCGCCACGUCUCGCGCACGCAAAAUUGCACGAUGAACACACCACAUCAAACAGACAUUGGUACCAUUGGAGGGUGGAUACAUUUUGGUGGUACCAAUUUCUCCAUGUGGCCAAUAAAUGUGAAUUUACACACGAUAGCAUUUUCCUACUGUUUUCACAUGAACAUAUCAUCUGUGUUAUUAGGGGCGUAACGAUGAAAUCGAUCGAUACGGACUAUUAUCGACUCUAAAACUCAAGGUACAGGCAUCAAAAUCUCGCCGGUUCGAAUUCAUAUAUUCCGUUUUCAAUAAUGUGACCCCCCCUCCGGCCACUAGAGCCUGCUACAUUCACCGCACGUGAAAGCAAAUGAUCAAAUCGCACCCCAAACGGUGAUGGACUUUUCAAGAGAUUGUGUUUUGCCAACCACAAGUAUCAAGCCUACCGAGAAGUGAGAUGAUACCUGGAGUCGUGUAUAAAUGAGUACAGAACGACAUGCAGUGGCGUAGGUUUGAUUUAAGAUAAGAUUUAUGAUAAGAUGUGUCGUAAUUCUGCGUGAAGUUGAUAUCGUGGCCUGCUGGACGUUUUACAGUUCGUGAGAGAAUUUUCUGUGCUUUGGUCCCGGGUUAUUUACGCCCGGGCUAACAGCAGCAGUGGCAAUAGCACAACAAUUUACAACAACAACAACAACCACCACUGUUCACCACUAAGUUGCGGUGACGUCACCGCCCCCCCCCCCGUACCAGGCUCGGUGCACUUUGACGUCGUGUGAAAGUGUGGAAGGUUUUGCACGUUGAACGCACGCACACAAUGGUAACAACAGCCGCAGUUCACCGUUCAGUGGCGGUGACCCUCUCCACUGGUUCUCGUGCCAGGCUAGGUGCACGUUAACAGUGGUGGAAGGCUCGCUGGUGGGCCGUCAUCUAUCAGACCCCAGGUGUUAUGGGUUAACUCGGUGAGGUGACUGGCAUCACCACCUGUUGCGAGCCCACUUGCACACACACACACACUCUAGCGACUGCUUAUUCAAUGAACAAUUAAAAUAAAAUAAACUACCUAAACUUAUUUAUAUAAAAUUCUAUAUAUAUAGUGACACAGAGAGUUAGCAGAGGCUAUCCCGGUUCUAGUAAUAACACACGGUGUGUAUUUUUUUUUUCUCUUUCUGAACGAUGCAGUGAAAAGCGACGUGGAUAUUGAUCAGGUUUGGGAACGUGAUUUUUUGUUGUUGUAAAUCUAAAUGUGACACAACAACAACAACAAAAUCCAUCACUGCUUCGACGCCGGCGAAGCCCCAAGGCCUUCGCUUGCGUGACCGGGUGAAUUAUUUAAAACGAAACAUAAAAUUCUCGGCUCGGAAUUCUAAUUUUUAGACGGGAGCCGUAAUAUUCGAUCUUGGGACAGGAAUCUCUCUUUUGUCGUCGUAAUUGUUUCCCUCUUCCCUGAAAAGCACUAACUGCGUUUUAUACCAAGUGCCAUGCUGCUGAACUGCGUCAGGCGGACGGGAUAUUUACGAUGGCGAUGACAACGACGACGACGACGAUGAUGAUGAUCAGGGUCUAAUUUCUCCCGGGAUAUUUUGAGAGGAUUUACCGGACAUAGCAGUUGCGCCCGGGGGGGGGGGGGGGGCGGGGGGGGGGGCACGCACUUUGCUCUACUGGAGUAGAUGGCACGUGGCUUGUUCGUAGCCACGGGCAUGAGCGAGCGAGAGAAGGUAAACAUGAUGUGGUGUGCCGGGCGUGGGAAUAUUUUCCCGGAAUAGCUGACACCCGGACGGACCUGGCCUGAAAUUAAACCCUGAUGAUGAUGAUGAUGCCGCCGCUACUACUACUACUGUAAAACUCCUCUUAUUCGCGAUUAUGUCGUUGGGGGGGGGGGGGGGGGGGCAUCAAUGUUUAUUUUAUCCGUGGGGCGAUCUGCAAAUCGUACGGAUCGCGGAUGAGAGGAGUUUAACAGGACUCCCACUACGACUACGACGCCACUGCUGUACAAACUCCCACCAGUAUUUCUGAUCGCCGUAAGAUGAACACGGCGCGGAAUAUGCAAGCGACCCACCCCGCGGCCGCAUUGCUCCACGCCGAGUGGUCGAUGUACACUGCACCAGAGCCUCGCGAGUGAAACUCACCGCAGUUAUUUUACGGGCGGAAUCGGAGCUGCAUUGCGUACAAGGCGGGCGGGCGGGCGGACGCACGGGGAAGCGCACAUAGACCUAUAUAGAUACGAAUAUAUUUUUUUGUUCCUCGUGUGUUUCGCUAAACGGGCAGACGGUCUUUUUGUGGUGGGGGGGGAGGUGGGUUGGGGGGGGGGCACGAUGUGAUGUGAAACUCGGGAAAAACUUUGACCAGAUAUUUCUCGGUUUUUUUUUCCUGCAUUUUGUAAACACGUUUAUCCCCGUUCCUUUCAUCCCAAACGCUCCCCACUCCCAAUGAGACCCGGGGGGGGGGGGGGGUGGGCGGGCUUCAUUUCUCACCCGACUAUUUUCCGGGAUGCUGGGAAACUGGAGUCGUCGUCGGCGCAAUAAAAAUUGCGUCGGCUCGCAAUGCGCCGGCCCCGCACAGCGCUCGCUCCUCGCCCCCGUCGAGAGAGAACGAGCGCAGAGGCGUGAUAGGAGGAGGAGGAACCAAGGACGAGCAGCAGCCAGGCGGUGAGGAGCCGGUGCCAAAUUCCCCCACGAGCUCUGCGGUCCGAUCUAAUGAGACUGUUUACACGUGGGAGGUGAAACCGGAGCACCCGGACAAACCCCCAUGCGUGCGAGGGGGGAACGCUGUAUCCCCCUGAGCACGUGGAGUCGGCACUUUGCUCAACUGCCUUCUCCCGGCCAGCCAGGGUACGGGCAUCGCCUCGAUGCCCGGCGUGAAGGCAGUUUCACGACGUUUGCGUGAUCCACCGACCCUUGCCUCCACAGUGCUGGAUUACAGGGAUGCACCAGCACGCGACUGGUAGCAGCCAGAGCAGUAGCAAAGAAGAGGCUCUACUGGAUGUGCUGUGCCAGGCAGAGACAUAUUUUACGGGUUUCCAAUAGACCUGGGCAAACCCGGCUGAAAUGAAUCCCACUCGCGCACCCACUCACCCACCCACUCACCUAACCGCACAAGUACCCACUCACCUAAGCGCCCGCUUACCCGAUCAGCUACUCACCUACCUGCUCACCUGCUCACUCGCCUUCCCUGUCACCGACACCCAGGCUCCGUUUAUCACUGAUUAUUCCCAGCGUCGCUGGUGGGCUUUAUGUAGCAACUAAAACCAUCGCGAGAGGGAGGGAGAUACACGCUGUAUGUGGUUUUACCGGCAGGUCAAUUAUUUCUUCAGGCCGGCGACAGACCCGGCUGCAAGUGAGCCCUGCCCACAGCAACACCAAGGGCAGCAUCGUAGCCACCCAGUGUGAAACAUACAAAAAUCGUAGAUCAGCUCCGAAAUAUUUUUUUUGUUACGAAAGAAUUUGUUGGCAGUGAUACAAACCUUUCGCUCGAGGUCACGCGGCGCAAAUUCAAGGAGUUUCCGCUGAUCUUUGCGUUCUUCAU